AGUGAAUUGAUCUGGAUUUGUAGUAAUCGAAGGGGUUUAGAGAAGAGAAAAGGUGUGUGGUGUUUGUGCGAGGAGGAGGAGGAUUCCUUGUGGAAAGAAGAAAGAAGGAGGAGAAGAAAGAAGGAGAAGGAGGAGGAGGAGGACGAAAUCCCUUUUCUUUCUGAUUCUACUAAACAAAGAUGGCGGAUUUGGAAGCUGUUCUCGCCGAUGUCAGCUAUCUUAUGGCCAUGGAGAAGAGCAAGUCUUCUCCGGCCGCCAGAGCGAGCAAGAAAAUUGUUCUGCCCGACCCCAGCAUACGAAGUGUAAUGCACAAGCAUUUACUCAAGAAUGGGAUAGUGACAUUUGAACACAUCUUUGACCAAAGAAUCGGUUAUCUUUUAUUUAAGGAUUUUUGUAACAAUGGGAGUGACGUGCCUAUUGCCGAAAUCAACUUCUACGAAGAGAUUAAAAAAUUUCAGACAAUGGAUACUGAUGAAGACAGGAUUAAGCAAGCCAGAGAUAUUUAUGAUCAGUUUAUUAUGAGAGAAUUGCUGGCACAAUGUCACGAAUACACAAAAACAGCCAUCAAUAAUGUGCAAGAUGCCCUUACUAAAGCAAGAAAAACUAAACAGCUUGGAAACCACAUUUUUAAUAAAUACAAAGAUGAAAUUAGAAAAAAAUUAAAUAAAGAAGAAUUUAACAAAUUUUUAGAAAGUGAUCGGUACACACGAUACCUACAAUGGAAAAACCUAGAGUUAAAUAUUAAUUUAACCAUGAAUGAUUUCAGUGUACAUAGGAUUAUUGGCCGGGGUGGAUUCGGAGAAGUAUAUGGUUGCAGGAAAGCAGAUACUGGUAAAAUGUACGCCAUGAAAUGCUUGGACAAGAAACGGAUUAAAUUGAAAACUGGAGAAACUUUAGCAUUGAAUGAAAGAAUUAUGCUUUCUCUCGUCAGUACAGGGGAGUGCCCCUUCAUCGUCUGCAUGACAUAUGCAUUUCAAACUCCAGAAAAACUAUGCUUCAUCCUCGACCUAAUGAACGGCGGAGAUCUGCACUAUCAUUUGUCCCAACACGGUGUGUUCUCAGAGCAAGAAGUCAGAUUCUAUGCUGCAGAAGUGAUCUUAGGAUUGGAACAUAUGCACGUACGAGGCGUCGUCUACAGAGAUCUUAAGCCUGCAAAUAUCCUGUUGGAUGAAUCAGGACAUGUGAGAAUAUCAGAUUUAGGGCUUGCCUGUGAUUUUUCAAAGAAGAAACCUCAUGCUAGUGUAGGAACCCAUGGUUAUAUGGCUCCUGAAGUCUUAGCUAAAGGCGUUGCAUACGAUUCCAGUGCUGACUGGUUCUCCUUCGGAUGCAUGCUGUACAAACUACUAAAAGGCCACAGUCCAUUUAGGCAGCACAAGACCAAAGAUAAACAUGAAAUUGACCGAAUGACUAUGACAAUGAAUGUUGAACUACCAGAUUCCAUGUCAUCAGAGAUGAAAUCCUUACUUGAAGGUCUUCUUAAACGAGAUGUUGAAGAGAGAUUAGGAUGCACUGGGAAAGGUGCUGAGGAAUUGAAAGAAAACCCUUUCUUCAAAGACUUGGACUGGAACAAAGUGUACCAACUCCACUACACACCGCCUCUCAUUCCUCCAAGAGGUGAAGUGAAUGCAGCAGAUGCUUUUGAUAUUGGCUCGUUUGAUGAAGAUGAUACAAAAGGAAUCAGGUUGUCCGAAUCUGACCAACAGCUGUAUGAGAACUUCACACUCACCGUGUCUGACCGAUGGCAACAAGAAAUUACAGAGACUGUCUUCGACACUGUCAAUGCCGAGACUGACAAGUUGGAAAUGAAGAAGAAACCAAAGAGAGAAGACCAAAUAGAAAAAGGUACAGAUGUGAUUGUGGAAGGAGAGAUCUUAAAGCUUGGCGGUCCCUUCUUAAAUUCGUGGCAAAAGAGGCACUUACGGCUCUACCCCAACCGUUUAGAAUUUUACCAGAAGAACCGAGACGGCGGUAUACAGAAAAAUAAAGUAGAGCUCAUAACUAUGUACGACAUCAAAGAAGUCUGCCACGAAUUCCAGAAACUGAACAAAACAGACAACUGCAUUGUGAUGGUAUUAAAGAAUGAAACCAAGUUGGUCAUAACUUCCCCGGAUAAAGUGAUAAUACACCAGUGGAAGGAAGAGAUCUUAGGAGGGUUCCGGGCCUCCACGAAAAUGCAGUCGAAAAUGAACAAGAAGGCCAGUAAGCUUUACGGAGCUGACAUCCCAAUUGAACACAGGAAUAGCAAUGGCAGUUAGAAGCACUGUUCUCCUUAGCAAAAAACGGCGGCGCUAGAGACUUCUAGAUUGGAAAUAAUGUUGCCAACCAUUUCUAAACCCAGUGCAAGGGGGGGUGUAGGGGAAGAGGGGGGAUGUUGGUGUUAAUUCAUUUUUGACCUCCACCCCACCCCCCUUGUCUUUCCACAUCUCUUUCUUUCUGUCUCUUUCUCUCGCUCUCCCAUCACACCAAAGCAGCAAAAAGAUGAAAAAAAAAAAAAUGAAU